UUGUGAUAUUUUUGAUCUUCUUGACUAAAAUAAUUAACAUCUAUCUUUAAGUGUCCCUCAUUUUCUUUAUUAAGCCCGCUGUAAAUUCCACUCAUUUUAAAAAUAAGUUGUUGUUGCCAAAUGCACUAACCACGCUGUUUUGAAGAAGAAAAGGCAAAGAAAGCCGACCUUGAAUUAACGACGUUUUCCUCGACAAAUCUCUCAAAAUGAAAGUGACAGUGACCACAUUGACCGACUUUAUUUUUGUUUUGGAUGUAUCUGAAGAUCUGGAGUUAGAAAAUUUUAAAGCAUUUUGUGAAGUAGAAACGGGAUUUCCGGCCUCCGAAAUCGUCAUCGCCUUCAAUGGGAUGCCUCUGAUGGACAACAAGAAAUCGCUAAAAGAGCAUGGUAUUCGCGAUGGAGACGCGGUCAUUCUUCAGCACAUGCUGCAACAUGGAGCCUCACAGGUCUCCAUCGAGUCGCAAGGAGGAGGAGUGCCCACUUUAGAUUUUAGUGGAAUUCAAGUCCCCCAUAUAGCACAAGGUAACAGGCUGUCACCUGGUCGGCCUUCAGAGGACGAUCCUGUUUUGAUCAGGGAUAUGUUUUUGGCAAAUCCGGAUCAAUUAGCUUUGUUGAAACAGAAUAAUCCACGACUCGCAGACGCCUUACUCAGUGGAAAUAUAGAUAAUUUUGCCUCAGUUCUUCGAGAACAAGUUCAGGCUAGACAAGAACGCGAGCAACAGAGAUUAAGAAUGUUAAACGCUGAUCCUUUUGACACCGAAGCCCAGCGACUAAUUGCCGAAGAAAUUCGACAGAAGAAUAUAGAAGCCAACAUGGAAGCAGCAAUGGAAUAUAACCCCGAAUCCUUCGGUACAGUCGUUAUGCUUUAUAUAAAUUGUAGAGUAAACGGAUACCCCGUCAAAGCCUUCAUUGACUCAGGUGCUCAAACAACAAUUAUGUCCAGUAGUUGCGCCGAAAGGUGUAAUAUUAUGCGUCUGGUAGACACAAGAUGGGCGGGUAUUGCGAAAGGUGUGGGCGUCCAAAAAAUAAUCGGCAGGAUCCACAUGGUACAAAUUCAAAUCGAGAGCGAUUAUUUGACAACUAGUUUCUCCGUUCUCGAGAACCAGCCAAUGGACAUGUUGUUGGGCUUGGACAUGCUCAAAAGACAUCAAUGUUGUAUAGAUUUACGGGCAAACGUUUUAAGGAUUGGUACUACAGGAACUGAAACGAAAUUUCUUGCCGAAACCGACCUACCCGAGUGCGCACGACUCAGCACUAAUAGUGAAGACGAUGUGAUCACUAGGUCGAUAAAAGAAACAGAAGAUAGGCAGCUUCAAGAAGCGUUGAGAAAUAGCCAGUUGUCAAAGAGAAGUAAGCGGCCGAAGACGAGCGAUCCCGCCAGUGGGUCCAGUUCGUCUCAAACUUCCAAACCGAGCACAACCUCAGCCAAUACUCAGAUCUUACCAUCAGACAAAUUUACUGAAAGUGAUAUAAACGAAUUGACAGCAUUAGGUUUUUCAAGAGAACAGGUCAUAUCCGAAUUGCGUGCAUUUAACGGUGAUAAAACGCAAGCGACAGGGGCACUGUUUGCUAAGUCUUUAAAAUUUUAAGUGCAUUUAAACUGGUCACUCAGCUUCUUAUUCAUAAGAUUUAUUGGAUACUUGAUAUUGUGGUCGAUAAUAAUUCUUUACAUAUCUACAAUAUGUGAACUUUUUCGUUUGAUUGGCUGGUCCAUUGACAGUGUUCAACAUAUAUUUAAAUCUUUGCCUGAAACGUAAACGAACAUCUAUGACAAAAAUUACAAAUGUGGAUUUUUAUAUUGAUCAUGCAUUUUUAUAAGACUGUAUUUUAAAAUUUUUUCACAUUGGUGUACAGAUCGCUCUUGGUAUCGUUUUAAAUACGGUGUUUUUUCUGACUCUUAAGAUGAAUUAGUGUGAGGUAACGCAGUACGUGUCUGUAGGUAGUCUAAUUUUUGAUUUGAUAGGCAUUUUUACUCGGUAAUUUUCAUUGAUCUUCGCUGAAGGCCUCUGUUUACCGCAGUACGCUAUAGGGUUGGCAUAAUAUAUAUUUUGAUUUAUUGUAAGGAGUGUAAUGGCGGGUAUUACAGACAUUUUUUUGGCUGACUUUAAAUUUAUUAUUGUUGCUACAUACUUACGUGGUCUUUAAUCAGAAUACACUAAGUAGAGUCACUAUUUAUACAUGUGGAACUUAUAUGAUCUACUUAUGUAUUCCUGCAACGUAGUACAUUUUUUAUGUAUGUAUAUUGAUGGGUUUUCAUAUUGGUACUGAUAUUGAAAGGGACUUGCGUUAAUAAAAAACGAUAUUAUAUGA